AUGGCUUUUCAAUACACAAAUGCAGAAUACUUGGACAUGGUUUAUGCGUAUGCGCGUGCAAAUGAAAGCUUGCGGGGCGCAAUCAAUUUGUACCGGGAGAUGUUCCCCAAUCGUCGAGUACCUACGGCCAGCGUCAUCUUAAACGCUAAUCAAAGAUUACGAGACUUCGGACAGUUCCGUGUUCCAACACAUGCCCAAGGAAACGUCUUGUGUAUGCUACAAUGUAUGUCAACAGAGAGGAGUUGA